GUACUUCCUGGAGAGGGCCGUCCGCGGGGCAGGAGGCCAGUGGGAGUGGGAGCUGCCGCCCGCGUCGCCCGCGCCCUCGGACCUCUCCGGCGGCUCGCGCUGGGUGCUCGGCUGCAGCACGCGAGGCCCCUGCAGCUGGAGCCUCGGCGGGCUGCCUGCGGCCCUCUGGCCCCGGGCGGCGCUGCAGGCGCCGUUGGAGGCCCGCGGCGAGCGGCUCGUGCUGGUCCGCGUGGUCUCGCGGCUGUUGCCGCAGGAGCGCUGGCUGAGCGCCAACCUAGACGCACCGCUGGCAAAUCUCUACCAGGACCUGGCGGACGCGCUCUGCGCGCCCGGCGCCGCCCUCGCCAGCGCCGCCGAGCCGCCGCGGUUCCAGCUGAUGGAUUCGGCGGCCUCGGCGAGCGGGGCGGGGGCGGACGCGUCGCAGGGGCCGAUGGCGGCAAGAGGCGCCCCGAGCACGGCGGCGGUGGCCCAGGGCCGGGAGCCCGCGAGGGGGUCCGAUGUCUAA